AUUCACAAGAAACGAAUUCACCUUGGACUCUAAAUCGACUAUCGGCGUGGAAUUUGCUACAAAGUCCAUCAAUGUCGAUGACAAAGUUAUCAAGGCUCAGAUUUGGGAUACUGUCGGUGCACUACUCGUCUACGACAUUUCGAAACGUGACACGUUUACAAAGGUGGCAAGAUGGCUAAAGGAAUUGAAGGAUCAUGCCGAUUCAAACAUUGCUAUCAUUCUAGUGGGCAACAAGUCGGAUCUCGCCAACCUCCGUGCAGUACCUACCGACGAAGCCAAGGCCUUUGCUGCGGAGAACGGGCUGAGCUUCAUUGAGACCUCUGCCAUGAACGGAGGAAACGUCGACAGCGCGUUCAAAAAUAUCCUUACUGGUGCCAAGUCUCUCGAGGCCGGUCCUGACAUCAUCAAGCCAUCUGGCGGUGAAAAGAUUGUCAUCCCGCCUUCCACCGAAACCCGUGCAAACGAGGGCAGCAAGUGCUGCUAG